GCGUUUUUUUUUUUUAAGCUCAUCAAAUAUCGUUAGUGUAUUUUAUGUGUGGCCCAAGACAGUUCUUUCAGUGUGGCCCAGGGAAGCCAAAAGAUUGGACACCCCUGGUGUAGUGGUUCCUCCCGCUUCUCCCAUACUUGACCCUUAUUUGAACUAGGAUUAUUUCUUUUUUUUUACCUUCCUGGAUGAGUGGAGGAAGUCCUUGAAAUCUAUUUUACUGCUACUGUUAUUACUACUUUUUAAAAUGGAAACAUACACAGAAGUAGAGUCAGUGAGCCCUUAUGUUUGUACCAGUUUUAUCCUACCCCUACAUUUGACCUACUUGUUGUUGUCCUCAUCUUUAAAAAAAGCAAAUUUGGCAGGGUGGAGGCGGAGGAGGGUGGGCGCCGGAGCCCAGCCGGAGCGGGCGUUGAAGGCUGGCGCGGCGAGCGCUGUUCGGGGCUGGAAGGGAUAAGGCCAGCAAGGGCGGCCCGACCCUCCAGGAGGCCAUCCAGCGGCUGCGGGACACGGAGGAGAUGUUACGCAAGAAACAGGAGUUCCUGGAGAAGAAAAUCGAGCAGAGGCACGGCACCAAAAACAAGGGCGUGGCCCUCCAGGCACUGAAGCGUAAGAAGAGGUAUGAGAAGCAGCUGGCGCAGAUCGACGGCACAUUAUCAACCAUCGAGUUCCAGCAGCAGGCUCUGGAGAAUGCCAACACCAAUACCGAGGUGCUCAGGAACAUGGGCUCUGCCGCCAAGGCCAAGAAGGCGGCCCACUACAACAUGGACAUCGAUAAAGUUGAUGAGUUAAUGCAGGACAUUGCUGACCAACAAGAACUUGGGGAGGAGAUUUCAACAGCAAUUUCGAAACCUGUAGGGUUUGGAGAAAAGUCUGACGAGGAUGAGCUCAUGGCGGAAUUAGAAGAACUAGAACAGGAGGAACCAGACAAGAAUUUGCUGGAAAUCAGUGGCCCCGAAACAGUCCCUCUACCAAAUGUUCCCUCUAUAGCCCUACCAUCAAAACCUGCCAAGAAGAGGAAGACGACGACAUGAAGGAUUUGGAGAACUGGUCUGGGUCCAGCGCGGGCAGGAUGGAUGUGGUGCAGGCAGGUUCCAUCGCUCUCGACUCUCACUCCAAAGCAGUAGGGCCGCAUUGCUGCUCACUCUCUGCAUAGCAUGGUCUGCACCUAGUGGGACGGGUGGGGGCGGGUAGAGGGGGGUUGCGGGGCGUGGGGGCUGUGGGGGAGAAGUGCCUGCUGUUUAUAAUGUCGAAUUUCUGUAAAAUAAACUGUGUUUGCAAAUCCAAAAAAAAGCAAAUUCUAGAUAUGUCAUAUUGGCCCUAAUUACAUCGGUAUGUGUCUUUUAAAAAGAUAUUUUCCCCCUAUAACCACAGUGCCAUUAUCCCCACCUAACAAAACUAACAGAUUGAUCUGUUGCCUUAGAUCUGAGUCUUAGUAUCCUCAGAUUCCUUUUGAUUAUCUAAAAUAUUAAAAUAAAUAUUGAAAAUAUUAAAAUACAUUCAAGUUUGUGGUUAUCACUUUUAAAUGACCCAUUUUUCUACAUUUACAUACAAAUAUUUUGUAAAUGUUUGACUUUCUAACUUGCUAUGGAAAUUUUCAAACAAAAGUAGGUGGAAUCCGUAUAAGAAACCCUCAUGUACUUAUCACCCAACUUCAACAGUUAUCAACCACUCUACUCAUGUAGGAGGGGAAAUUAUCAAAUCAUGCCCAAGUUUGGUUGAACUGUUCCCCUCCAACUUCCCCCUCCUGAAUUAUUCUCAGGCAAAUUCCAGAGUGGAUAUUAUUUCAUUGGCAGUCUAGUCUGUAUCUUUGAAAGUGGGAAAGGAUUCUUUAAAAUUAGUGUGUAUGUGUGUAUAUAUUUAUAUAUGGAUAAGGAUUCUUUAACAUGAGUUACAUAUACAUAUAUAACUCAUAUAUAUAACUGAUGUUAAAGAAUCCUUGUCUUUUAAAGAUACAGACUAUAUCUGCAUAUGUAUAUAUCCACAAUACCAUUAUCACCCCUUCAUUCUUCAAUAUCUUCAAGUAUCUAGUAUUCAAAUUUCCAUUUGUCUCAGAUGUCAUAGUUUUUUAGUAAUGGUUUGAAUCAGGAUCCAUAUAAAGUCUCUACCUUGGCAGUUGGUUGGUAAUGACCUUUAAGUCUAACCCUUUAUAGUCCAUUUUCAGGCUUUAGUCUAUAGUCCAUUUUACUACCUCUCUUUGGUAAUGUUUUUUGUUCAAGAAACCACGUUGUGGCCGGGCGAGGUGGCUCACGCCUGCAAUCCCAGCACUUUGGGAGGCCGAGGCGGGUGGAUCACGAGGUCAGGAGUUCCACACCAGCCUGGCCAAUAUGGUGAAACCCUGUCUCUACUACAAAAAAAUACAAAAAUUAGCCAGACCUGGUGGCAUGCAUCUGUAGUCCCAGCUACUCGGGAGGCUGAGGCAGAAGAAUCACUUGAAUCCGGGAGUCGGAGGUUGCAGUGAGCUGAGAUUGUGACACUGCACUCCAGCCUGGGCGACAGAGCGAGACUCCAUCUCAAAAAAAAGAAACCACGUUAUUUGUUCUAGUGUUUCUCAGAGUCUGGAUUUUAAUGAUUACAUCUGUGGCUCAGUUCAACACUUUCUUAUGUCCUGUAUUUCCUGUAAAUAGGUGAUUGAAUCUAGAGGUGUGCUUAGCAUAUAAUAUAUAUGCACAUGGUAAAAUUUAAAACAGUUCAAAAGUCUGUGUAAUGAAAUGUCGGUCAUUUUCCCACACAGUAUUUUAGGUAUCUUCCCCAGAAGGAAUUAUUCUGUCUAGAAUGAAUGAUGUGUUUUUAUUAAGCCUUAUAUCCCAAUGAGCAUACUAAAUGUUCUUGUAAUUCUGAAUAUACUAAGGUUAUUCUUUUGUAAAUUUUAGAAUUUGAUUUAAAUACUACAAAAGCACAUGGUGCCAGUCACUAAGGUGUGAUGUUUUCUUUUUGGUAAAGGAGAAUUUGUAAGGUGAAAUGACAGUGAAUUAGAAGUUGUAAACCAAAUUCCUUGUUACUACAGUGGACUACUUUUCAUAGAAUGAACAAGAAAAAUCAGCUCUGUAGGACAAUGUUAAAAAGAGUGUUCUUGGCUGGGCACGGUGGCUCAUGCCUGUAAUCACAGCACUUUGGGAGGCCAGGAGGGGAGGAUUGGUUGUCUCCAGGAGUUUGAGACCAGCCUGGGCAACACAGUGAGACCUCCAUCUCAACAGAAAUUCAAAAAUUAGCCAGGUAUGGUGGCAUGUGCCUGUAUUCCUAGCUACUUGGGAGGCCGAGGUGGGAGGAUCACCUGAGCCCAGGAGGUCAAGGCUCCAGUGAACUGUGAUUGUGCCACUGCACUCUAGCCUGGGUGACAAAGUGAGACCCUGUCUCAAAAAAAAAAAACAAGAAAAACUUCUUUGUUAACAUUAUACAGCAUCUAGUAUUGUUAGGUUUAUUUUCCUAAACAUGAAGAUAGUGAAGUACCAUAGUUUUCUCAUCUGUAAAAUGAGGGCAUUACUGUAUUUAUAUUAGUGGCCUUUGGUAGGUCUUGAGUGAGAAAGUAUCUAGGGAGGAGACUUGAAUGUUAAUUUCCUUUUCUAUAAGUAUGUCCAUAAUUAAUUGUGAAACUCUGCUCUCUUCAGUAGAAAGUUUUAGGUACAAGGCAUGUGGCCAGGGAUGUCAUGCCCAGUGUAAUGGGUUUGAUUGGGAUCAAGAACAAGUCUGUCAGAGUGAGCCAGGCAGUAUUAUCUGAGCCACUUGGUCAGGACAGGUCAUGGAACAGUUAGAACAGAUGAGUCAUGUCAUGUGUACCAUACCACAGUCUACUUUUUCUUGGCCCCUCUCCCCAUGCCUACUCCUCUGGUCCCUGUCUGGCAGAUAGUACAAUUCAGCAGAUAGGCAUUAGAUCAGUUCUAAGCAUACAGGAAGAAUGAUAAUUGGAUUACCAGCAAGGCAGAGUGGCAGAUCAGAGGCCAUAGGGAACUGGGACCAAAUAAGGAGACUCUCCAAAAGAUGCAAAUGUAGCUCUAGCAGCAAGGAAAGGCAAACUGGUUGCAAAGUUACAUGUGUAAAGUCGAUUGAGAACAAAAAUAAAGCAGCAGUCCUGGCUCCUUAAGUGAUAGUUUCUUUUAUGAGACCUCAAAACAGUUUACUGAUAGGAGUAUUCCAUCUGAACUUCUAGGUUUGAAUAGCAGGACAUUACAUGGAGGUGAUUUUUUGGAAUAUAUUUCUCUGCCAGCUAUAUAGAGAUAGAUAGGUAGAUAGGUAGAUUUGGACCUGGGAUAAUUGUCAUCUGUUAGUUUACCUCGCCUGGUUGUGUACGAAGUUUGUAUGAUGUUAGACAGUUAAUAGAACAGAAAUUUUUAAAUAGCCUUGUUCUCAUCAAGUGACUCUGUAGCCUCUUUUUUUUUUUUUAAUUGAGGCAGGGUCUCACCAUAUUGCUCAGGUUGGUGUGGAACGCCUGGCCUCAGGCAGUCCUCCUGCUUUGGCCUCCCAAAGUGCUAGGAUUACUGGUGUGAGCCACUGCACUUGGCCCGUAUUACCUUGUUUGGGGGCAGGGAAGUAUGGAGAUACAGGAGUCUUUUCAAGCCUCUUAAACUCCCUUUAGUAGCUAUUUUACUCAUAGACUCUGUGGCUAGAGUAGGCUUUAUAAUUAGAAAGUAGUGCUAAGUGCUUACUUACUAGAUACAGAAAGAAGUUUUAUGAUGUUUCUUGGGUUUACAGAAGAAUUGGUUAAAGACUAAGAAAUUCUGUUUUCUUCUUUGGAAAAUCUUUUAAAAACUAAUGUAAGUAGUUUUGGGGCAAAUGCAGCAAAGAAUUAGGGACUUGCCUUUGGUUUGAACUAGAUGUGUUUCCUUUUUUUGGUGAAUAGUGGAAGUAGUAAAGAGGCUAACAGUUGUCAGGGCUUGUCAGCCGAUCAUGGGAUUGAAUACUACUGAGGUGAGCAAGUCUUGCCAGCAGUGUUUUGCCCCCUAAAGAUCUUUAAUUUAGGCAAAGAUAGUUUCUCUUUCUGGAAUAAAUUCUGAAAACAGAAUAGUGCGUUUUAAUGUGCAUUAAUUUCUCUUUACAGGCCUUUAUUUAUUUAUUUAUUUUUAGCAUAGGCUAUUCUUUAAAUUUUGAGUGCCUCCCUGUGUGUUAGCAUCAUUAUAAGAACUGUCAGCUGUGAAAAAAGAUGAUGCAAGAAUGAGCACUAAUUUUGAUUUGCUUUGAACAAAGUAGACAGAGUGAACCUGCAUAAUUAUAGUUUCAGCUGGACACUCUGCUAAGUAAUCUAAUCCUCAUCACAACUCUGUGAAAUGUCAGACUCAGAAAUAGUGACAUGCUCAAGGCCAUAGAACUAAGAUGUAGCUUCUCUUAGGGCAGAAUCCAGGCUUUAUAGGACUUAAGAUGCUAUUUUGCUUUAAAAACUUUGGGAGGAGUGAGAGUCUUAUAUGUGUAAAUGGGUAUAUCUAAGGUCAUGAUAUCAUAAUUUACUAAGUAGACCAACUUUUAUCAAGUAUCACGAAGUAGAAUUUGGCAGCUAGGACAACUCCCUUCUCCCAUUCUUAUCUUUUUUUUUUUUUUUUUUUGAUAGUAGUAAAGUUUCUGGGAAUUUAUGGGAACAUACUUUUCUUUCUUUUUAAAAAAAAAAACCCUUUAUUUCCUUCUUCCUCAUUUUGCUUCCCACUCCCCCUUAAUAAAAAUAAUAACUUUUGUGAAAGAGGGAGAAUGAUGUUAUGAACUCAGCAGGUUCAGACAAGUGUUGUGAGUGUGGAGGCCAGGAAGCCAUGUGUACCAGGACCAUGUUACUGCCUAAGAAGAAAUGAGAGUGUACAGAUGCAAGGGAGGUGAAUAGAGAGUCAAUUUCAGUUCCCCUUGAUUACUGUGAUUUAUAUGGUUCUUCUGGGACUGAUGUAAAGAAUGUUUCACCAGACUUACUGGGAAGCCCUCUGUUUUGUGUCCCUUGUAAUAGUGAUUUUACAUCAGAAAUAAGCCAUCUGAUACAGGGAAAGAAUAGUGUUUGGAUUUAUUGCUUAGUUACAGUGACAUGUGUGCAGUUAAAGUGAUGAAAUUGUUUAGUAUGAGUUAGCAUAUAUCUUAAUUCUAAUGAAACUAGCUCUAAGUCUAUGUUUAUGCUUGUGAUUUUAGCUUUUACUAUGGUAACCUCAUUUCUAUCAUUAAAAACAGUAAAAACUCUACCAUGUAUUGAGUGCUGUACUUUUUGUUAGGAAUAGCAGAUUAUUUUCAGUACUUGAAACACCAGCUCCUUAACUCAUUAACACCAUCAUGGUUAUUCUCAUCCUUGAAAAUCUUUCUCUUUUACUUUUUUUUUUAAUUUUUAAGAUUUUUUGUAGAGACAGGAUCUCACUAUGUUGCCCGGGCUGGUAUAAAACUCCUGGCCUCAAGCAGUCCUCCCUCUUCAGCCUCAGAAUGCUUGGAUUAUAGGCAUGAGCCAUAGCAGCCAGCCAGUCCCUCACCCUGCUUUUCCAUUUUUGAGACAAGGUCUUGCUCUGUCACUCAGGUUGGAGUGCGGUGACAUGAUCUUAGCUCAUUGCAAGGUCAAACUCCUGGGCUCAGGUGAUCCUCUGCCUCAGCCUCUGGAGUAGCUGGGACCACAAGUACAUACCACUGUGCCCAGCUAAUUUUUACAUUUUUAGUAGAGAUGAGGUCUUGCUGUGUUUUCCAGGCUGGUCUCGAACUCCUGGCCUCAAGUGAUCCUCCCGCCUCAGCCUCCCAAAGUGUUGAUUAUAGGCUUGAGCCAUUGUGCUCAACCCAGCCUAGCCCAUUUUUAUUGUAAUAAUCUUUCUAGGUUUGGAGCUCUAUGAAACAGGUUUGGUUUUUCAAAAUCUUUUUUAAAAAGAUUUAUUUAAAAUGUGUUUUUAACCUAUUUUGUUUUUGUACUUUUUGGUGAAAAUUAUCAUAGUCUGUUCCUAUUCUUAGAGUACAUUAGGGCAGGAGUUGCCGAACUCCCCUUUUAAUCAACUUCCCUUUCAGUUUAGUUUGAGCAAUAGAUUUCUCUCACACCAGCAUUUAACUAACCUCAAAUAAAAAUCCUAAUUAGUGAUUGGAAUUGCAACUGAAAAAGACUGUUUCAAAAAUGAGUCUUGGCUGGGCCUGAUGGCUCAUGCCUAAAUCCCAACACUUCAGGAGGUCGAGGCGGGUGGAUCAUGAGGUCAGGAGAUUGAGACCAUCCUGGCCAACAUGGGUGAAACCCUGUCUCUACUAAAAUAAAAAAAAUUAGCUGGGCAUGGUGGUGCGCACCUGUAGUCCCAGCUACUCAGGAGGCUGAGGCUGGGGAAUAAUCACUUGAACCCGGGAGGUGGGGGUUGCAGUGAGCCGAGAUUGCACCACUGCACUCCAGCCUGGUGACAGAGUGGGACUGCAUCUCCAAAAAAAAAAAAAAAAAAAAGUCUUAGUCUGGGUGUGGUGCGUGGUGGCUGAGGCGAGUGGAUCGCUUGAGGUCAGGAGUUCGAGACCAGCCUGGUCAACAUGGUGAAACCCCAUUUCCACCAAAAAAUACAAAAAUUAGCCAGGUGUGGUAGUGCGUGUCUGUAGUCCCCAGCUACUCGGGAGGCUGAGGCAGAAUAGCUUCAACCCAGGAGGCAGUGGUUGUAGUGAGCCGAGAUCAUGCCACUGCACUCCUCAAAAAAAAAAAAAAAAAAAGUCUUAAAGCCUCUACAACAGGAGUCGUACAGGUGAGGGGGAAAGUCAGCAAUAAAAUUACGUCAUAAAAAUUUUUACUGAAUUAGCUCAAUAGCAGGAUUUUUCCCAAUCUGAAUUUUAUCCCCCACAUUUCUCCCGGUUACUGCAAGUACUGUAUGUAUAAGGCUACACUGAUUUGGCUGUAAAGUCAUGAUUUAUCAUUGUUGAGGCUGGUUUUUCAUCUCCUUUCUGAUUUUUGCUCUGAAGCCUGUCAACAGAGCCACAAUGACAAAGUAUCACAUUUUAAACCUGUGUGGUCUAGUAGUAAAAUAGUUCAAUGUUUGAUCAACUGAACUUUACAUUCUAGCUUAAAGGCCUACUUAAAUAUGUGUGCAUGUAUGUAAUACAUAGUCCUCCUCUUUUCUCAGUCAUUAAAAACAAUUUGAGUUUAUGCUCAGCUUGUAGUAAGCCAUGAAGUUGAGUUAUGUGAACACUAAACUUCCAAAAAGUUGCUUAAUUGCUUAAUGUUUUGGACUUCAUUAUGAUUAGGGAAAAUGGAGUCAGGGAAACCAUAUGAGAGAGUAAUUUGUUUCCUAAGGAAUAAAAGCAGUAGAAACCCACAACAAACCACACAUUAGCCUUUAUGUUGUUACUUGUUGGCUUCAUUCAGUUUGCACUUUUAUUGUUUGUGAAACAAGUGGUUUUCUUUAGAGUUGCAAUGCUUAUAUGUUUUUAAAGUUUUCCACUAAAGUCAUUUCUACACAGCGUCAUUUUGAAAAUUACAUGAUGUCAAAUCCAGUAUCCACUGCAUAUAUUUUAAGUUAACAAAUUAUACAAGGAAAUGGUACGUGGUCUUUCAAACUUUUGUUUAAAAACAGGCUGGCUGGGUGUGGUGGCUCACGCCUGUAAUCCCAGCACUUUAGGAGGCCGAGGGGGCAGAUCACUUGAGGUCAGGAGAUGGAGACCAGCCUGGCCAACAGGGCGAAACCCUGUCUCUAACUAAAAAUACAAAAACUAGCCAGACGUGGUGGCACACGCCUGUAAUCCCAGCUGUUCGGGAGGCUGAGGCAGGAGAAUUACUUGAACCUGGGAGGUGGAGGUUGCAGUGAGCUGAGAUUGCAUCACGGCAGUUCAGCCUGGGUGACAAAGCGAGACUCCAUCUCAAAAAAAAAAAAAAAAAAAAAAAAAGGCCAUAUUUAGGUCUUACUAAAUGGAAACCUUUCUCAAGUAGUGCUUUUCAAAUAAUAAAAAUUUUUAUUGUGUAAAGGAGGAAGGGAACUUAGCAUCUGCAUUGGAAUCAUUUUUUCCUAUAUCCUAUUAGCUAAUUCCGAGAUUGUUUAAUAUGGUAUCCACCCAUUUCAUUUGGCUGCACCCUUUGCUCUCAUGAAAGUAAGACUGAUUGUUCUGAAUUGCUAUGUAUAUGUGCUUUGGCACAGCAUGAAGGUACCCUUAAUCACAUUGCCAUUGUCUUUAAAACAGCUUGCAGUUAUGGCUACAAAUAAAAGGGUGUGACAGGAGGGCAUGACAGAUAAUGGUUCUUUUUUCCGCCCCUCUGUUUAGCAGAUCUGCUUUGUACUACUAGCCUUUUGUGUUCUCUGGACUACCUACUGUAUUUUCAGUAUGUUUUU